AUGGCUGCACAGGAGCUCCUCAGGAAAACUCUGGUGCUGCUUUUGUUCCUGGUUCUUUACGGCGUUUCAUCAGGGUUCUCCAUGGAUGUUUGUUCCAACACCAUUUUACCCGGAUCCAAAGGAGAUCCCGGCGAGGUGGGCGAUACAGGAGAUGAUGGACGAGUCGGGAAAACUGGACCGCCGGGACACACAGGCACCCCGGGGGAGAAUGGAGAGAAAGGAGACGCUGGGAGAACUGGGAAGUCUGGUCCUGCAGGAGAGCGAGGAGAAACGGGAGAGCGAGGAAGCGCUGGUCCCUCAGGGAUGAAGGGGAAAGCAGGUUCGACGUGUGACUGUGGAAGGUACCGGAAAGUAGUCGGACAAAUGGACAUCAACGUCAGCAAACUGAAAAACGCCAUCAAGUUCCUGAAAAACGUGAUUCUGGGUGUUAAAGAGACGGAGCAGAAGUUUUACCUGCUGGUGAAGGAGGAGCGUAAACACAAUGACGCUCAGCUGAACUGCAGACUCAGAGGAGGAACCCUGGCUCUGGCUGACAGCCAGAACAUCAGCACACUGCUGGGUUCCUAUGUCAGUGAGGCAGGUCUUACUCAUGUUCUCAUUGGAACAGAAGGAGAACCCGAGCAUGGGGGGAACUCAACAGUUUCAGCUCGCAGGUGCACGCAGGUGGCGUCUGACGGAGCGCUGAGUCGGGCCGAGUGUGACGCCGAGAAGUUCCACAUCUGUGAGUUCUCCAGGAACUAA